GGGGGGAUGCUGAGGACUGUGCCACUGUUGGAGAGGGACGAGGUUGAUUCCACCACCAUCCGGCGGGGCCUGUAUUUCAUCCUCCGUCACUGAGCUGUUGAUACUCGCUGAAAAUGGAGGGGAGGUAGCGGAGCAGUUUACAUAGUGCAGCCUUGCUUCAGCCGGGCCCAGGCUCGGAAGCGCAGGGAGUUGGGGUUUCGGAUCCGGAGAAGGAUUGAGGUCGGGGCCGUUCACCAUGGGGCUCUCGGAGGCUCUAAGCCUGAACGGGCGGCUGUUAGUCGGGCUCCUGGUGAACCUGUCCGCUUCCAUCUGCAUCGUCUUCGUUAACAAAUGGAUUUACGUGGAGUAUGGCUUCCCCAACAUGACCCUCACGUUGCUGCACUUUAUCAUAACCGGCCUGGGGCUCUACAUCUGCCAGAGGCUUAACAUCUUCUCCCCCAAAACUCUGAACCCCACCAAGAUCUUGCUGCUGGCUCUCAGUUUCUGCGGUUUUGUUGUUUUCACAAACCUGUCGCUCCAGAAUAACACCAUUGGCACCUACCAGCUGGCCAAAGCCAUGACCACUCCAGUCAUUAUAGUCAUACAGACUGUCUACUACAAGAAGACUUUCUCUACCAGGAUAAAGCUGACAUUGAUCCCUAUUACUUUGGGAGUAUUUCUGAAUUCUUACUUUGAUGUGAAGUUUAAUUUUCUAGGAAUACUUUUUGCAACACUUGGUGUUUUGGUUACCUCAAUAUAUCAAGUGUGGGUAGGAGCUAAACAACAUGAAUUGCAGGUGAAUUCUAUGCAGCUGUUAUACUACCAGGCCCCAAUGUCGUCUAUCAUUCUGAUGUUCACUGUUCCUUUUUUUGAACCAGUGACUGGAGAGGGAAGCAUCUUUGGAAACUGGUCUACUACAGCAUUGAUGAUGGUGUUGCUUUCUGGAAUUAUUGCCUUUCUGGUGAAUUUGUCAAUUUACUGGAUUAUUGGAAAUACCUCACCUGUCACAUACAACAUGUUUGGACAUUUCAAGUUCUGCAUUACCCUACUGGGAGGUUAUAUUUUGUUUAAAGAUCCCCUUUCACUUAAUCAAGGUCUGGGGAUUUUGUGUACAUUGUGUGGUAUUUUGUUUUACACACAUUUUAAACUCCGUGAACAAGAAGAAGGAAAAAACAAAUUGGCUCAAAGGCCUUAGUAAUUCUUCCGAGUUCUACAUAUUUUCUUUUCCCAAAGUGUUGCUAGUGAGCACCAAUUCCUAGGUACUUGCUAAGUAUGACAUCUCUAAAAUUGAAAGAAAUGCAAUUAAGUAUUUCACUUUACUGCAGAAGAUGUUUGCUGUUCACACAUUGAAGUUUAUAAAUUUGACCAAUUUUCAUGUGCCAUGUUCUGGUAAUUUUUGUAAUUGCUUUUAAGGAGGUUCCUUGUGAUUAAUAUGUUAUGUCAAGUUCAUUCAGCUUUAAAUUUGAAAGCAUGUCAUUAUAGAAUUGUCCUACAUGCAUAAAAUUGCUGAUAAGUGUUCUGAAUCUUGGAAACAAAAUUAGACAUACAGAUAAUGUGAAAAUUGGUUUAAUCAUGUAUUUUCUGAAAGUGAACAUUUGUAAUUUACAUGUGUUUUGCACAUCCUGUAUUAUACUGGGCAAUUUAUUGUGGUGGGCAGAAGGAAUAAAAUUAUUUUUUCAUUGCUUUUAUUACAUGUUUACAACAUGUGGACAAGGAAAAGAAUACAGGAGUGACAAAGUUUUUUGUUUUCUGCUGUAACAGAUUAGCAAUUUCCAGGACCAUUUUCAGUGGGUCACUAUUGGGAUGGUGAUAGCUUCUUGCAAGUUACAUUGCAAAGCAGAGCCUUAAAAUGUUUCUUGCAAAGUUUUCAAAAGAAAUUUUUUUCUAUCUUGAAACACGAAUCCAAAUAAUAAAUGCAAAUAAUUGUUGUAGAAAGCAUGGAUCAGAAUACAUGUGGCUUUGUGUAACUAAUAUCUAUGUGCAAUGAUCUGAAUUAGCAUGUUCAGUAGCGAAUGGUGGCAGACAACUUAAAGCAAAAAUGUUGAGGGGAGAACAGAAGGCUGUAUGAAUACCCCGAGACUCAAUGAUAAGUGGAACCUGGCAUGAGUGUCAAAGACCAGACUGAAACACAUGCAACUACAUUCAUCCACCACUUCACAUUCCACCAUCACAGGAACCAGCUAUUGGCCAAUUUCAUUUGCCCACUGUAAUAACAAGUAAUGGUGAAGCAGGGAGAAAAUGGAUAAGUUUAUGAGCCACAUUAACAUCCUGAUUACAGUGCUCAAGACUUAUGCUCCAGAACUAACCACACCUGUAGUUGGAAUAUUGACAUCCGUCUGGCAAAUUGGAAGAUUUAUCCAGGUAUGCUGUGUCCACAAAAAGCAGGAAAGAUCCAUCUGAUCAUUGACAGCCUCAUCAGUUUACACUCAAUAUCAUUAAUGUUAUGGAAGACAUCAUUGCAAUGUGCUAUCAAAAGUGGUUACCAGUAACAUACUUCUGUGGUACCAUCAGAACCACUCAGCGUUCUGAUCUCACUACAGCUUUGGUCCAAACUUGGAUAGAAGUACUAAAUUCUGGGGUUGAGAUUAAAAAAUGACAGCACUUGUCAUGGCUGCAUCUGACAGAAUUUGGCUGUUUUAUUAUUCACUCUUGGGAUGUGAAUUUUGCUGGCUAGGCCAGUUAUCGCCUGUUCCUCAUUGCCUUGAUAAGGUGAUGGUAAGUUGCAUUCUUGAACUGCUACAGCAUGUGCUGUAUGUAGACCCACAAUGCCAUUAAAGAGGAAAUUCCAGGAUUCUGACCCACUGACAGUGAAGGAACUGUGAUGUAUUUCCAAGUCAGGAUGGUGAGUGGCUUGGAGGGAAUUUUACAAAUGAUGAUGUUUUAAUGUAUCUGCUGCCCUGCCUGUCAAGAUGGCAUUGGUUGUGGGCCUGAAGUAGCUUUGGUGAAUUUCUGCAGUGCAUCUUGUAGAUGUUACAUGCUGCUACCACCAAGCAUUAGUGAUAGAGGGAGUGGAUGGUGUCAAGCUGCUUUAAGUGUUGUUGGAGCUGCACCCAUCCAAGGAAGUGGGGAGUAUUCCAUCAUAUUCCUGACCUGUGCCUUGUAGAGGCUUUGGGAGGUUACUUGUUGCAGUAUUCUUAGCCUCUGACCUGCCCUCGUAGGUACUGUAUUUUUGUGGCUAGUCCAGUUCAAUUUCUGGUCAAUUGUAACUGCCCAAGAUGUUGAUAGUGGGGGAUUCAGGGAUAGUAGUGCCAUUGAAGAUCUACGUAAAACUGAAGUCAAAAGGAAUUGGGAAGAACAAUAGCAAGAUUCAGACCCAGUGAAACUACUUUAGCCCCAGGAAAUAGCUGCAGGAGUUCUUCAGGGCAGUGUCCUAGGUCCAGCCAUCUUUAGUUGUAUAAUCUUAUGUUUAGUUCCAUUUAAUAUUCCCCAGAUAAUGAAAUGGUUAAUUUACAAUAUUCUGGAGGACCUGGACCUUAAUCAGGCUUAGAUUGAAAAGUGGCAUGUAACCCUUACAUCACACAACUAUCAGGUCAUGACCAUCUCCAACAAGAGAAAGACUAACUAACCAUCUGUCUCUUGAUAUUUCAUGUCUUGUAUCAUCAUCAACAUUCCUGAGAUUUAUCAUUGAUCAGGAACUAACUAGACCAACUAGCCAAAAUUCUGUGGCUAUAAGAAGAAAUCAAUCAGGGUAUUCAGAAUUAAGUGACUUGCCUCCUGACUCCAAGAAGCCUUAAUAUUAUUAACAAGGCAGUUAGUAGCUUGACAAAUUACUCUUGUCUAAAUGACUGCAGUUCCAAUAACACAGAGGGACGUUAAUAUUAUCCAGGGCAAAACAUUUUCACUGCUUACCACCUCAUCCACCAUCUUAAGUGUGCACCCCCUCUGUUGCUGACUGAAAUGUGUGUCAUGUACAAGGCGCACUGCAGCAACUUGCCAAGACUUCCUUGACAGCACUGCAUGACUGCCCCAUAGUCUGCAGCAGCUUAAGACCCUAGCACGCUAGCACUUUUUCAAUGCUGAUAUUGUCAGUAACUCUGGAGCGGAGGCAACUGAAUGGAGCCUGUUGAAGUGAAUUUACAACUAUAUUCUUUAAUAUUUAUAGAAAAUAUUUUUGUCCCACCCAUUAUAAUUUCAGCUAAAUGAGAUUGUUUACAAAUAGUUUUGUGAGGAAUAAAAUAGAAUGUCAAGUAUGUUUUUUGGCUCUUUCAAAAGAGAAAAGAUACCUUGUAGUAACAACCAAAAAAUAAGAUGCUGCCAGACAGUAUUUUCAGGUAUAGAAAGAAAGAAACAAAAUUGGGCAGAAUUUUCUAGACCCGUGGGACAGACAGCACAGUUGCUGAGCUGGGGGUUGGCCCACCAUGUGACAGUGAGUGUGGAGGUUGCCUCUAUGAAUAUUAUACUAUUGAUGUAUCCAAUUUUGGGAAUCCAUUGGUCCGGAUGUUGGGAUCUUGAAAUCCAGGCACAAAUUCAGUCCAUUGUUUCAACUCUGUGACCUUUAUCAGAACAUUCUGUAGGAAAGAUUAGCUGGCACUAUUGAGAAAAUCUCAAGUAUAACCAUUUUCAAACUGUUAAUACAAGAUUGAUUAUUUAGUAUUGUUAAGUUUGGAUCUUGAGUCACUGAUACCUGUAGCAUUACAAAUCAAGAGCAGAACAUUUUGAAGACUUUUUAAAGCCUCGCUCAUUACAGUUAAAAUUCUAAGAUUUAAGCUAUCAUCCAUAUAUUUAGUUUUUGUAUUGUUCUUUAAUACAUUCUGGUUAGAUGAGUUAUUUUUAAAUUUCGGUUUCUUUUGUCAAGAAUUCCAGUAAUCAUCCGAUUUGACUUUCACUGUAUGAAGAAAUCCGGUCUACAGAAUUGGUUAAACAUCUGUUGGUGGUUUGAGCUCUGCAUGCAUAUUAAAUCACUGGGCAAUGCAAGUUGAGUUUUUGAUAUUACAAAUGAUUUUCAUUCAAGGUUCCAACUUAGUUAAAAUAACGUUUUUGUUUUCUUUUAUUUUCAUGAAUGCUCUUGCUUUUUCAAACGUUUACUUUGGUUAAGUGCUAUAUUUUGUAAUGAUAUAAAACCAAGGGGAUGUACUGCGUUUUGUUUACAGUAGAAAAGAUAAUGUAUGAAAACUUGACUGUAUGGUGCUCAAUACUUUUACCAUGGUACAGUGGAAUGAAAAUGUGCAGGUUUACAGCUAUGUCUAUAAAACAGUAUAUUUGUAUGAAGUGA